GACAUUCUUGUUAUUCUUACAUGAUCUUGCAAGAACAUGUCAAAAACCAUGAUCCUCCUCAAACCAACUCUCAUCACUUACAUAGCACUCACAAUUUCCCUUGUGUCCAUGUCUAAAUCUGAUCCAUUGACAGAAGAAAGCACCACUGGUCUCACCAUUGAUCUAAUCCAUAGAGACUCUCCUCAGUCUCCGUCUUACGAUCCUUUGUUGACUCCCGCACAACGUCUAGCCAACGCCCUUCGUAGAUCGUUCAACCGUCUCCAACGUUUCAAGGCGGAUCGCUUGCCUCAACCCGACAUUAUCAAUUCAGGUGGAGAGUAUCUCAUGAAAUACUCAAUUGGGACACCGGCAGUCCCUUCAUUAGGCAUUGCUGACACGGGAAGUGACAUUACAUGGACACAAUGCCAACCUUGUCUGAAAUGCUUCAAGCAAGAAUUACCACUUUUUCAACCUAACACUUCUUCCACAUACAGGAAGAUCCCUUGCAAUGCUGCCAACUGCACUUCUUUCCCAGAGAUCACUUUCUGCAGCGUAAGACGGAAAAAAUGCCUAUAUACUGAGGGGUACGGAGAUGGAUCGUUUACGCAGGGCGUGCUCUCGACGGAUACACUUACAUUAGCCUCCACAGGUCGGAAAAGGGUUUCCGUCCCUAACUUUGUAUUCGGAUGCGGAUUCAGAAAUGGUGGCACUUUUACUGGUGGUGAAUCGGGCAUCGUUGGUCUCGGAGGUGGAAAAGCCUCACUUGUUAGACAGUUAGGGUUUUUAACUCGAGGGAAAUUUUCGUACUGCUUGGUGUCGGUAUCAGACAAUACGAGUAAGUUGAAUUUUGGGGCUAAUGCCGAGGUUUUAGGUAGAGGGGUAGUGUCUACCCCCAUGGUAAUGAAAAGCCCUGAGACUUUCUACCGUUUGACGCUGGAGGGAAUCAGUGUUGGGAAUCAGAGGCUAGAGAUGUCUGAUUCCGGUGUUAGUGGAGAAGGGAACAUAAUCAUAGACUCAGGAACAACAUUGACACUGCUUCCUAUUGAUUUGUACAACCAAGUGGAAAAUGCAUUGAAAAGUUCAAUCAAGUUGAAGAGGAUCAAAGAUCCACAAGGAGUGUUGGACUUGUGCUACUUUACGCGAAACGACAUACGAAUUCCUGAAGUCACUGUUCACUUCAAAGGGGCUGAUCUGAAGUUGAGGCAUGACAACGUUUUGGUUAGAACAAGUAAUGUUUCGUUGUGCUUGGCUGCUAAACCAGUUCAAGACUUAGCUAUUUAUGGCUACUUGGCACAGGUGAACUUCUUGGUAGGGUAUGAUCUUGUGAAGAGAACAGUGUCCUUUAAGGCUGCUGAUUGUGGGAGAUCAUGAAUGUGUUUCUGACACAGAAAUGAAAUCCAUUUGAAUAAAUUAAUUGAAGCUGCAC